AUGGCUAAAUUGCUAUGUGAGUCCGGCGCCAGUUUCGACCAACCGAACAGAAAUGAUGUCACUGCAAGGGACGCAGCCCUCCGGAUUGGAGGACAAAUGCUCGAGGACCUCAAACGUGAUAUUCCAGCUCCAUGGGAAGGCUAUAGAGAGUCCGUUUCCGAAGGUGAAAUGGAUGGGCCAGUUUUGCAAGCAGGAGAAUCCAGCGAGCCCCAUGACGACGUCAACCGAGAUAACGUGGAAUCCCAGAGUGCUAGCUUCUUGCGCAACUGUGACGACUCUUCCGAGACGAUGGGGACCUCAUAUGCGCCGCUGGAAGGGGUGCAAUGUCCCGCUAUCGUGUCCAACCAGAUGGACAUGCUCCCUUCCAUGGUGGCCGACGACCAGGACGUACCAAUGGGCGGAAUAAACGGUACGGGGGACGAAGUCAAUGUGCCUGACGUUAAUGUCGAUUUACCAAGCAACUAUUUCCACGACCUAGGCGAUGACCUCUUCAUGAACCCCUGGCAAGACGCGUGA